AUGGAAAUACUCAUUAAAUUAUUGAUAUGCUAAUUAAUAAUUCAGGACAUCAUUCAAAUCAGUUUUAUCUGGAUGAAUACCGAAUGGUAUUAUGUUCUACUGAAUGCCUUAUCCCUAUCAAUAUGCUUACUACUUGUAAUAAUAGAUUAUUACAAAAUCCAGCAGAUCUAUUUUAAGGUAGGUUUGUUAAUAUUAUGCGUAAUAAAUUGCGAAACCUUGUUCUAACUAUCUAUUAAUAUUGCUAGUGCUGUUUAACUAUUUUAUAUAUUGCUUAUUCUGUUUAAGAUUUAUGAAAAUACCAUCCUAACUAAGAUGAUUGUACACUUAGUUUUAGUAUACAUGGUAAUUAGAGCUAUUAUUGCCUAUUCAGAUUAUAGAAUCCAACAUUUGCUAUUGAUAAUAUUCUAAUAACCUUUAAAUCAUUAUAUAUUUUAUUCACUGAGAAAAAAAUCAUUUUCACAGUAAACUCAAGCUUAAUUAAUAAUUUAACAGAAUUCAUAAGAAUAAGUGAUUUGCUUAUCUAAUGAUAGCAAGUAAGAUAAUUUAAAAUGUGACUUGAAUGAGAGUGUAAUUGUUAAUUAAAUAGAUUAUGAUUUUGAAUCUCCUAGAAUAUAAUAAGAACAUAAAUCAAUAGGCACUAACAAAAAUACUAUUGAAUAAAGAGUUAUCAUAAAAAAACCUAUAAAUGUGUGGAAAACAACUACAAACUCUUCAGAUUCCCCUUAGCAAGAAUCAAUAAAGAUAGAAAACAAUAUGGAUUCUAAAUAUUCUGAUUUAGUUGCAAUUAUGAGUAAUCUUCCCUUUGGAAUCAUUUUUGUUGAUUAGAACCUAACCAUUUUAGAAUAUAAUUAAAAAGUGUCUUAAUUAUUAGGAAUCACAAAUCCUAAUAAAAUAAUUCCAUUUCUAGACGAAGCUAUUAAAAAAAGUGGAGAAAUUUAAGAAGUACGUUCUGCAAAAAAAAUUAAAAAGUCUUUGAGUAAAUCACCAAAAAAAUCAUAUUUUCACUAACAACCUUCCAUUAAUCUAUAAAAAAGAUAAAAUGAUGAUUAGAUUUCAGAUUUAGUUUCUCAAUUUUAUAACUGUGGGUCCCAAUCUAGAAUGGAUAAUGAAAGCUAAUAGGAAGGAAAUUUAAGGUCUAUAUUUUAAAAGUUUUAGAAGAUCCACUAAAGUUAAUAAACAGCUGCUUCCAGAGAAACCUUUCAAUUCAUAAUAAGAUUAGAUUCAAUGGAUACUUCAUAUUGUAAAUCUAAAUAUAAGAGUUUAAAACUUAAGAUUUUUUAAAUUGAUGGGAAUGGAUUGUGGGAACAAAAUGUAUAUUUAUUUGUAUUAGAAAACAUUACAAAGAGAGAGGAACUCAAAUUGCUUAAUCAUAAAUAUAAAUUUCAAUAAGCACUUUUAAAUUCAUUAUGUCAUGAAUUAAGAACUCCGAUCAAUGGUGUCAUUUCUUAAUUAUAUGCUCUAAAAGAUGAAUUGAUGACUGACUUAAUUCAAUCACAUUUAAAUCCUGCAAUUGUAUCAACUAAGAGAUUAUAAUACUAAUUAAAUGACAUAUUGGACUAUGCUUAGAUUUAGUGCAAAGCCUUAACUCUUAAUAAAUCUUACUUUAAAUUGGAGGAAAUAUAUUAACAAUUACAAGAGUUAUUUAAUUUCGAAUGUAUAUAGAAGCAGAUCUAAUUAGUGAUCGAGGAUGAUCAUUAAAUCAGAUUACAUACAGAUAAAGAGAGAUUGCUGAGAAUUUUCAUUAAUUUACUAGAUAAUUCGGUUAAGUUUACUAAUAAGGGAGGGACAAUAAAAGUAUCAUCAGAGAUAGAUAAAGAUCAAUUGAAAUUCAUUGUCUAUGAUAAUGGAUAAGGUAUAAAGGAUGAAAUCAUAGAAAAAAUUGAAGAAUAGGCAGAGAUGUUAUUCAAAGACUCUGUUUAAUACCAUUCAAAUAAAUUAGGUUUGGGAUUGAGAAUCUCAAUGUUGCUUUCAGAUUACUUAUAUAAAGAGCAAAAGUUUCAGAUAGAAUCUAAAUUUAAUUAAUACACUAAAAUAAGUUUUAGAUUAUCAAAUUUAAUAGAAAAUUACUCUUCAGAAUUUUAGAUGGGUGCUUAAUUAUCUAUAUUAGAAAAAAAUUGUAAUUGCAGUAAAAUAUUGAUUGUUGAUGAUAUAAUUUGCAAUCAUUUUGCACUUUAGGUUUUAUUGAAAAAAUUUAAAGUGAAAACUGACAGUGCUUACAAUGGCAAUUCGGCUAUAGAGUUAGUAGAAGAGAGAUUGAAAUAAUAAUGUUGUCAAACUUAUCGAUUAAUUUUUAUGGAUAUAGAAAUGCCAUAGAAGAAUGGAUUUCAAGCAUCUUCGGAAAUAUCUUAAAAAUUAAGGUAAAAUUCUCUCAAUGAGGAAUGUAUAAUUACUAUGUAUUCAGCAUAUUCUGGUGACGAUGAUGUUCUGAUUGCAAGUUAAUGUGGAAUGAAAGAAAGAAUUUCAAAACCUACAGACAUCUAAAAAUUGGAGCACAUUAUUAGAAAGUAUAUACUUUGA